AUGACUGUUAAAACAAUCACUUCUAAGAGAUUACUUACUAGUACUGCUACUUUAAGAACCACCAAUUCUCCAAGACAUUUGAUUAGUACUCUUCAUUUAUCUAAUGAAGAAUUCUCCUCUUUAGUGACUAAAGCAGGUAACUUGAAAAAAAUAGUUAGAUCAGGAGAAACUUCCCCCGUAAACCAUCAAAAGUUAUUAGGUAAAUUAGUGGCUUUAUUAUUUUCCAAACGUUCAACUAGAACUAGAAUUAGUACUGAAGGUGCGGCAGCCUUUUUCGGUGCUCAACCUAUGUUUUUAGGUAAAGAUGAUAUUCAAUUAGGUGUAAAUGAAUCAAUGUAUGAUACUACUAAGGUUAUUAGUUCCAUGACUUCAUGUAUAUUUGCUCGAGUCAACAAACAUCAAGAAAUUUUAGAUUUAUGUCAACAUUCAUCAGUUCCAAUUAUAAAUUCUUUAUGUGAUAUGUAUCAUCCUUUACAAGCUAUUGCUGAUUUAUUAACUAUUAAAGAAUCAUUUGGAGGUAAAACUGAAGGAUUGAAAUUAACUUGGAUUGGAGAUUCCAAUAAUGUUAUAAAUGAUUUAGCUAUUGCUUCAUUAAGAUCAGGGAUUAAUGUAUCUAUUGCUAUUCCAAAGGGUAUUGAAUUUGAUCAAACUGUUACUGAAAAAGCUCAAGCUUUAGCUAAAGAAGGAAAUUUGAAAUUUGAAAUUGUCAAUGAUCCAAUACAAGCUUUAGCAGAUGCUAAUAUAAUUGUUACUGAUACUUGGAUUUCAAUGGGACAAGAAUCGGAAAAAUUAGAAAAAUUAAAACAAUUUUCUGGAUUCCAAAUUACAAAAGAGAUGCUUGAACAAGGUAAGGUUGCUUCUAAUUGGAAGUUCAUGCAUUGUUUACCAAGACAUUCAGAAGAAGUUAAUGAUGAGGUAUUUUAUGAUGAAAACUCGGUUGUAUUUGAAGAAGCAGAAAACAGAUUAUAUGCCGCUAUGGCAGUAAUUGAAGCUUUUGUGAUUAACAAAGGUGACUUAUUAAAGUGA